AUGGCUGGUUCUAAAACUGUCAAGAAUCAGAAGGCCGAUGCUGCCUCCAAGGAGGGAAAAACAGCAUCGAAGUCUCCAGUUUUGUACGAGUUUUUGGGCCAAAACUGGCUUCUCAAAGGCCUUCCGGACAAAGAAUCGACCUAUAGAGUGCUGCAAUGGGCUGCCACAUUAAUAGCCUUCAUUGUAAGGUUUAAGGAGCUGCCGUACCCACGCGAGGUGGUCUUUGACGAGGUUCAUUUUGGCAAGUUUGCGUCUUAUUACCUGGAAAGAACAUUCUUCUUUGACGUUCACCCACCUUUUGCGAAGAUGUUGAUCGCCUUCAUCGGAUGGCUUGUGGGCUAUAACGGGGCCUUCAAGUUCGAAGACAUUGGCUUGAGCUACGACUCGAACCCUGCACCAUUCAUCGCUUAUAGAUCUCUAAGUGCAAUUUUGGGUACCUUGACAGUGCCAAUUGUUUUCAACACUGUAAAAGAGCUCAAUUUCAGAGCCGUUACCUGUUUUCUCGCGGCCAUGCUUGUUGCAGUCGAUUGCGCUCACGUUAUCGAUUCUCGUUUGAUUUUGCUGGAUGCCACACUCAUCAUUGCCGUGGCAAUGUCAUUUUACUGUUAUGUGCGCUUCUACAAAACUCAAUUGCUAGCGCCCUUCUCGUCUCAAUGGUACGGGUGGUUAUACGCAACAGGACUGUCUUUGUCGUUCGUGAUGUCCACCAAGUAUAUCGGUGUCAUGACGUACGCGGCCAUUGGAGUUGGUGUAGCAUUCAACUUGUGGCAAUUGCUCGACGCUAGAGCUGGUUUGCCACUCAGAGUUGUCGCCAGACAUGUUACUCAAAGACUCAAUGGGCUGAUUUUCGCUCCCUUUAUGGUCUACCUGUUUUGGUUCUAUGUUCAUUUUUCCAUUUUGACUGGAUCUGGUCCCGGUGAUGACUUUAUGUCGCCUCAAUUCCAGGAAACUCUAACGGAUUCCCCAUUGGCCAAAGAGGCCAGACAGGUAAACUAUUACGAUAUUGUCACCAUGAAGCACAAGAAUACAAACGCUCUCCUCCAUUCGCAUGCUGAGCAGUACCCUCUUCGCUACGAAGAUGGUCGGGUAUCUUCGAACGGCCAGCAAGUCACCGGUUACACUUUCGAGGAUGUCAACAACCAGUGGGAGGUGUUGCCCACGAAGGAAUUGGCAUCAAGAGAAGGUCAGCCUGUUCAUUUGGACGAUGUUGUUCGCUUCAAGCAUAUUGUGACCGGCACCUAUUUGCUAGCCCAUGAUGUUGCUUCCCCGCUAUACCCUACCAAUGAAGAAGUGACAACAGUGUCUGAGGAGCAAGCUCUAGGUGACAAUAGUCAUGAGACUACGUUCCGUCUUCAAUCUGCUAGCAAAGGUGACGAAAAACAACAAUUGAAAACAAAGGCGUCAAUAUUCCGAAUUGUCCAUACAGACACCUCUGUGGCUCUUUGGACUCACAACGAUGUUUUGCUCCCAGAGUGGGGAUUCAAGCAGCAGGAGGUAAACGGUAACAAAAAAAUCGCAGAUCCAGAAAAUUCUUGGUACAUGGACUCAAUCAUAAAUAUUGACGACGCCCGGAAAGUCUACAUCCCUAAACCUGUCAAGCACCUAUCCUUCUUUUCAAAGUGGUCGGAAUUGCAAAGACUUAUGUUCGAGCACAAUAACAAAUUGUCCUCUGAGCACCCAUUUGCAUCAAGCCCUGAGUCUUGGCCGGGCUCUCUUUCGGGAGUGUCAUUCUGGACCAAAGACCAAGACCGUAUGCAGAUUUACUUUAUUGGAAAUCUGGUCGGUUGGUGGUCUCAAGUUGUUGCGCUGGCUAUUUUUUGCGGUGUUGUGGCGGCUGAUCUCUUGGUGAGACGCCGUGGUUUGUUCCCGUUGAACAAAAUGGCUAGAGAAAAGCUAUACGGUCCGCUGUCGUUCUUGUUUGUCGGAUGGUUAUGCCACUACUUGCCAUUUUUCCUCAUGGGAAGACAGAAAUUUUUGCACCAUUAUUUGCCAGCGCACUUGAUCGCUUCCAUGUUUUCAGCAGCACUCUGGGAGUUUAUCUUCACAGACAACAAAUCAAUCGAUCUUGCCAAGGACGAGGAAGAAUCUUCGAACCCCCAUGAAUCAGACCCCAAACUAAGCUUUAUUCCAUUUUGCCUAUUUGUUACGGUGCUAACUGUGGCGUUGGUAUGGCUAUUUGUCUUCUUCUCACCCAUUAUUUAUGGUGACGUUAGUUUGACUGUCGACGAGGUUAAAAGCAGGGAAUUCUUCAACAUGAAGCUGCAUUUCUCCAAGUAA